UCGUCUAGUCAACAGAGACACGUGGUGGUGCAGCUCGCCAGCCUCGCCCAACAGUACUUAUUGCCUGGAUGGUCCAAACAACACGCUAGUCAGGACUCGAGAUCGGAGUUCCUCUCGCCACAUCAACACACAAGCAUCCCAGCCAGCCUGUGCCGCCAGCCUUGCCUCGUGUGUUAUCCUCUGCCCACAGCCCGCAGCCUUCACCCACCACUCCCACCCAUGCGCGGGACCGGGGCCGCCAUGGGUGAGGCCUCACUCCUGGCCCUGCUGCUGCUGCUGCUGGCACCUUGGGCCGCACUUGCUCACGCCCCCCAGCCCCCGCCUAGUGAAGACCAGCAGGGCGCGGUGCAGAACCACCACCAUCGCUCCACAUGGGACCGCCGCCACGCCGGGCCUGAUCACCUGCAGGAGCUUGAGUCUGUGUUUUCUCCUCCAACAUCUCUGUCACCGCCGCCGCCGUCCACCGCACUCUCGCCGCCGCCGCCAACGCCCGCCGCCCGUGGUCGAGGCGUCACGUCCACGCAAGUCCUGCACCGUGACGUCACGCCCACGGGAUCAGACGUCAGGGAUGCACGCGUGGCGCUCCCCAGGAGUGACGAUAUAGGCUUCGUCCCCGCCUCUCUCUCCCGGGCUGGCUCUCCCUCAUCCUCAGACUCCCUCAUCCUCACGGACGCCUCCCUCCCGACGCCCUCCGUGGAGACCCUCAUUGCGAUGCUCAACGAGACCCACUCCAGCCUCACCGCCGGCGACGACAUGGCAACCAUCUCACCGCAAGAGUACAACAGCAUCCUGACCAGGUUCAGCCUGGACGCCCUACAGGCCACGCAGAUCGCGGAGCGGCUGGGCCUGGCGGGCACGGGACUGGCGGAGGUGGAGGCCAACAUGAGGCUCGGUGGUGAUCUGCAGGGCCCCGGCGGACCUGAAGACCGACCCCAAGCGUUGCCGCUGGGCCGCAACACCCGCACCACGCCUCCCCUCGCCACGCCGGUGUCUUCUAGCAUCUCAGUGGCCACGAGGCGCCUCAUCUUCGGUGACCCCACGCUGUGCUACACCGGCACCUGCGAGUUUUUCCUUAUGUGCUGGAUGGGCGGCGGCCUCAUCGACGGCGGGUGCGGCGGGUUUCUGUUCGCCUGCUGCUCCAGACCCAACCAGCGCGGGCAGCGGGGCCACCAGACCUACCGAGACGACAGCAUUGGCCUCAUCCCCGUCGACUACGGUCCCAUCAGGAACGACCAAGGCUGCGGUCUCAGUGUCAGCAGCCGCCUCACCGCCCAGCGCAGGAUCGUGGGCGGCACAGAGGCGGGCUUCGGCUCCUUCCCCUGGCAGGCUUACAUCCAGAUCGGGUCGAGCCGCUGCGGGGGCUCGCUCAUCAACCAGUACCACGUGGUGACCGCCGGCCACUGCGUCGCGAGAGCACGCCCCGGACAGGUUCGCGUCACUCUCGGGGACUACGUGCUUAACUCAGAGCGGGAGCCUCUCCACCCUGUCAUAUUCGGCGCCACGGACAUCAAGGUUCACCCGAAUUUCAAGUUCACGCCGCAGGCAGAUCGCUUUGACGUGGCGGUGAUCACAUUAGACAAACCCGUGCACUAUCAGCCCCACGUGCAGCCCAUCUGCCUCCCGGAGAAGGGCAAGGACUGGCUGGGCAGCUACGGGUGGGCGGCAGGAUGGGGUGCCUUGCAGUCAGGUUCUCGGCUGCGACCCAAGACGCUGCAGGUGGUGGACGUUCCCAUCCUGGACUCUCGGCUGUGUGAGGACUGGCACAGACAGAAGGGCAUCAAUGUUAUCAUCUAUGACGAAAUGAUGUGUGCUGGGUAUAAUGACGGCGGCAAGGACUCCUGCCAGGGGGACUCCGGCGGGCCUCUCAUGAUCCAGGAGGGCGGGCGGUGGUACCUGGCGGGCAUCGUGUCUGCGGGCUACUCCUGCGCCCAGAACAAACAGCCAGGGAUCUACCACAAGGUGUCUUACACGUCUGACUGGAUCUCUUGGGCGGCGAGCACCUAGAAGACCUGCAGUUCCCUGACAGCCUCGGCCUGUAGCAGCGAGUGGCGGCCGCCGGGCGAGGCCAUGCAGCCAGGACCAGCGGGCGGUGCCUAGAGGAGUGAGGGGGCGGCCUGCACUCCAACCACCCUUACUCCAAGUGUCAUCUUCCUAAUUCUGUGAUAAUUCCUAAUCCUACCGUCAUUGUUACAGGCAUGGGCGCUUGAUGCUCAGUACUAAGAGUUGACCACACUGCAGAUUGACACCUAACAUUACUUGAACCUCCCUUCCUUCAUACUGAUUGGAUUGUUAUAUACCUACUGACUUGUAAAGCAUUAAUUACACUGUUACGCACGGCUCUAUAACUCCCAGUAAUAACACUUCCGAAAGACACCACAUGGGAAUUUUAUUUUUUACUAUUUCUUUGUGACGCUUUUCAUGUGAUGGUGACGGUGACGGCUGCAGUCCUGGCGGGGCCUUCUUCAUUCCUUCAUUCCUUCCUUCCUUCCAUUAUCCAGACUCCUCAGAAACUAAUCUGAUUUUUUCUCUCUGGUGUUCGAAACUAUAUUGACUUUUGUCUAAACUAGCCUUUUCUCUUAGAUUUUUCACUUCUUUCCCUCGAGAACGGCAUUAUGGGCGUUUUUUCUUGUGCCCCCAUUAAUGUACCUUUCAAUAAACAAACCGUCUAGUUCCGCCAAUGCUGCCCGACUCCAGCCACGCAUCAUAACUGAGUCUCAGGUUCACGUCUCCCGAGCGUGCUUGUCGUUGGGUUUGUGUGAGUGACAUCAUAAGUCAUGUUGUUUGUGUUGUUUUGUUGAUAAGCCGCAGCGGGCGGGUCCCGAGGCGGCGCAAUGUGCAUACUUCACUGUAUUAUACCAGCGUCAUGUAUAUAUAGCAUAUUUUUAUAUAAAACUCUGUACUUUUAAGAAA